GCUCGACUGGUUGGCAGUUUCUGGUGGGUAGGUCUGCCAAUGGAAAAAUCCACAUGUGUAUGGCGCCUGAGGGGAGGGGUGCAGAGUCAGGCUCCCGAUGUCGAGUAUGUGAUGCAUGCUCCACAUGAUCAACCUUGACACAGACAGUGUCAGACACAUAAAAACGUUUUCCAUGAAAAGAAAACGGGUGAACAAGACAGAAACAGACGGAAUUGCUGGAAGAGGCUUGUUCGAGAAUGGGCGCGCAAUGCGGAGCUUGCUGACCGCCAAGAAGCUCCUGGGAGUUGCGGACCAGGUUCCUGAACUGCCAUCGUCAUUCAAGGGAGAGCCAAAGUAUCUCAGCAAUAAGGAGUUGGAGGAGUACUUGAGGAGCCAUGUGCAGCGGUGUGCACCCAUAUCGAGGAUGUACAGCAUCGGGAAUUCCACUCAUGGCUCACCACUGUGGGUGUUGGAGAUAUCGGAUAAGCCUGGUCGUGAGGAGGCAGAACCUUCUUUCAAGUACGUGGCGAACAUGCAUGGGGAUGAGAGCCUCGGACGACAGCUCCUCGUUUAUCUCGCAGACUGGAUCUGCGAUAACUACAAGAAGAAUGAUCCACUUGUCACGAGAAUUGUGAGGGACAUGCACCUGUAUUUGAUGCCCACAAUGAACCCUGAUGGAUUUGCAGCCAAGAAACGAGAGAACGCCAAUGGCAUGGACUUGAACAGAGAUUUCCCAGACCAGGGCGCUGUGGUUGCCAACUACCCGUGGGACGGCACACCUGACCAAAGUACGACAUACUCAAAAUCUCCAGAUGAUGUAACGUUCCGCUUUAUGGCAACAACUUACGCUCGGGACCAUCCAUUCAUGGCCACCCCGCAGAACGUCGAGUUCCCUACGGGUAUCACCAAUGGAGCUGCAUGGUAUCCUCUCUAUGGUGGCAUGCAGGAUUGGAAUUACAUUCAUGGCCAUUGUUUGGAGCUGACUAUUGAGACAUGUAUGUCCAAGAGCCCCCAACCUGACCAGCUACCAAAGCAGUGGCAAGAUCACCAAAGAAGCCUGGUCUCAUAUAUGCUAUUAGUUCUCGAGGCUGGUGUUCGCGGGUUUGUCUAUGAUGCAUGUACGGGUGAACCACUUCCGGCAGAGGUCACGGUUUCAUCUAUUGAUUGGAAGGUGUAUGCUGGGAAAAAAUUUGGAGAUUUCUACCGCAUCCUUGCGCCGGGAAUUUACAGACUCGUUGUGAGCAUGGAAGGCUACAGCACGUUCUCGAAGCAGGUGAGUGUUGUCGCUGGUGAGCAGGUAAAUGUAAAUGUUCUCCUAAUGCAGAAACGUGCACGUGUGGAUGGGCCGGGUGGAUGCCCCAAAAAGAUGUUGGCUGGAGGCGACGGAUCACCAGGCGCUCUACGAGGCAAACGGCUGUCAGUUUCUGGUGUAUCUUCCGUCAGCAAGAAGAUGGGUGCGCAUAUGCCAGAGUGGAACAAUGAGGUGCACCGCGGGCUACGACACCAGGCCGCCAAACCUGAGAAAGAAAAGCACCAGAUGCUCACGGGUUUCGCGACCGAAACCUGCCUUAUUCUCGUUGUUUCUUCUUAUGUUUGCUUUGUUUUCGCGAGUCGAUGGCGGUCCUAUUUAACGAGGAAGAGGAUCAUUACCGUGUAAUUACUACCAGACCAGACGUAUUCGCGAGUCCAUAGUGUGACCUUCCUAUUUAACAUAGUGGAACUUAGUAGGAAGAGGAUUGUUGACUGUGAGGGGCUUCCUUAUAUAUGCUGAUGCGCCUUCAAAAGGGAGAAAAGAGGAGGCAAAGGCAAGAGAGAAAAAGGGGGCAGGUGGGGGGCAAGGAUUUAGGAGACGGGAGCACGUGGGUAUGAAAAACAUUUACAGAAGAAAAGAAAAAAAAAAACCGGGUCUUGCGAAACUCUGUAGGAAUUAUUGGGUGGCCUCCUGAUUAUGGCUAAGUCCCAUGGGCAGCGAGGAUCAACGAACUGAGAUUAAUAAGGAGAAUAAAUAGCCCUUAGAAAU